AUGGCUGUUGGAAAAAACAAGAGACUCUCCAAAGGCAAGAAGGGAAUUAAGAAGCGUGCCGUUGACCCCUUCGCUCGUAAGGACUGGUACGACAUUAAGGCUCCUUCCUUCUUCGAGGUCAAGAACGUUGGAAAGACUCUUGUCAACCGCACUGCCGGUCUUAAGAACGCCAAUGACGCCCUUAAGGGACGUAUCCUUGAAGUUUCCCUUGCAGACUUGCAAAAGGAUGAGGAACACGCAUUCCGCAAGGUUAAGCUCCGUGUCGAAGACAUUCAAGGUAAGAAUUGUCUUACCAGCUUCAACGGUUUGAGCAUCACUUCCGACAAGUUGCGUUCUCUUGUUCGCAAAUGGCAAACCACCAUUGAGGCCGACCAAACCAUCAAGACUACUGACGGCUACCUUUGCCGUGUUUUCGUUGUCGGUUUCACUCGUCGUCGUGCCAACCAAGUCAAGAAGGCCACCUAUGCUCAAACUUCUCAAAUCCGCGCUAUUCGCCAAAAGAUGUUCCAAGUCAUCCAAAACCAAACCACCUCUUGCUCCAUGAGAGAGCUUGUCCAAAAGCUCAUCCCUGAGGUUGUUGGUCGUGAGAUUGAGAAGGCUACUAAUGGUAUCUUCCCUCUCCAAAACGUACUUGUCCGCAAGGUCAAGAUCCUCAAGGCUCCUAAGCACGAUGCUCAAAGACUUCUUGAACUUCACGGCGGUGAAGGACAAGAUGUUGGCACUAAGGUUACCAAGGAUGUCACUCCUUUGGAGACUGUAUAA